GUGUUAUAAGCUAACACAAUUGAGGAGAGGAGGCACAUCAUUUUUCUGACCCUUGAAAGGAGAGCAUAGUUCUGUAAUGGUUCCCCCCACCUAAUCUGGUGCCAUACGAAACACUGAACAAACGGUUUCGAGCCGCACAGAAAAACAUUGAUCGAGAGACUAGCCACGUUACAAUGGUUGUGGCAGAGCUGGAGAAGACGCUGAGCAGUUGUCCUGCUGUGGAUUCAGUUGUUAGUCUCCUGGAUGGAGUAGUUGAAAAACUCAGUGUUCUGAAACGAAAGGCAGUUGAAUCAAUCCAGGCUGAAGAUGAAAGUGCAAAACUCUGCAAACGUAGGAUUGAACAUCUGAAAGAACAUAGUAGUGACCAGCCAGCUGCUGCAAACAUGUGGAAGAAGAAACGUAUGGAUCGUAUGAUGGUGGAACAUCUCUUACGCUGUGGCUACUACAAUACAGCUGUAAAACUAGCAAGACAAAGUGGUAUUGAGGACUUGGUAAAUAUUGAGAUGUUUUUGACUGCUAAAGAAGUGGAAGAGUCAUUGGAAAGACAAGAGACUAUGACUUGCUUGGCUUGGUGUCAUGAUAACAAAUCCAGGCUCAGAAAAAUGAAGAGCUGUCUGGAGUUCAGCCUAAGGAUUCAGGAGUUCAUUGAACUCAUUCGACAGAACAAGAGACUGGAUGCUGUGAGGCAUGCAAGAAAGCAUUUCAGUCAGGCUGAGGGAAGCCAGCUGGAUGAGGUUCGACAAGUGAUGGGAAUGUUGGCCUUUCCUUCAGACACUCAUAUCUCCCCCUAUAAGGAUCUCUUGGACCCUGCUCGAUGGAGAAUGCUGAUCCAACAGUUUAGAUAUGAUAACUACAGACUACAUCAGCUGGGAAACAAUUCUGUUUUUACUAUAACACUCCAGGCAGGCCUUUCAGCUAUAAAAACACCACAGUGUUACAAAGAGGAUGGGAGCUCAAAAAACCCAGACUGCCCUGUGUGUAGCAAAUCCCUGAACAAGCUGGCUCAGCCUCUGCCUAUGGCACAUUGUGCCAACUCCCGACUAGUCUGCAAGAUUUCGGGGGAUGUAAUGAACGAAAAUAAUCCUCCUAUGAUGUUACCAAAUGGAUAUGUCUAUGGAUACAAUUCUCUGCUUUCUAUUCGUCAAGAUGACAAAGUAAUUUGCCCAAGAACCAAAGAAGUCUUCAACUUCUCACAAGCUGAGAAAGUCUACAUCAUGUAGGUCCAUAAAACACAUGAUGAAGUGCCGCUGGAAUUUUGACACAGUGUAUAUUGGCAUACCCUGUAAAGGGGGGGGCCUUAAUGUGUGGCAAAGAAGCAAAACCUGCCACCUUGGGGAACAGACCUGUCGGUGGCAUUAUUGUUUCUUGCGACCAAAGAUCAAUGAGCAACAAUAAACACUCUUUAAAAAAAAAAAAAAAAGAGAGAGAGGAAUUAUGACUUAAGUUUGUACUUGAAUAAAAACAAAAACAAAUUUUGAUUGUUAAGGUUUUGUAACAUAAGGUCAAAAAUUGGACUCUUCUCAAAAGUACUCUCAUCUUCUAAAGGAUAACUUUCUUUAAAGAUGGACACUUGCACUGGGGGAAAAGUUACAACAGAUUUGAAAUUAAAUCCAUUUUUUUCCCCUCUUUUUCACAAUUGUCCAAGACCCUUUUGUUAUCAAAGAUUUCAGUACUACCAAUAUGUUCUCCUUUAAGCUCCUCUUUGCCUUCUUUAUGAUCCUCUCGUGAAGUAAUCCUGAACAUGAAUUACGUAACUUAUUUCUGUGGGAAGAUAUUAAUGUCUUUGACACAAGACUGGCUUCUCUGGAGGAUCAACUAGGGACUGGUUUGAAGGAGUAUGAAGUCUUUUUCCAAACCCAAAUAUUUUAAGGAGGUUGCAUAAGUAUCAAGAGGAACUGAGAACAUUUCAGGCAAAAUCCAAUGCUUGUUUAAAUGUUCUUUUUCCAGUCUACCAUAGUGUUAAAGUCCUUCUAAAGUUAUUAGUUACGUGCAUAGGGUUCAAUAUGAAAUCAUUAGUGCUACUGCCUUAUUUCUUGCUUUGAGAAUGUACUCACAUGAAAAUGAGCUGGUAUUCUUAAGUGUUGGGCGAAGUUUCUGAAGAUGCCUUGCAGGAUGAUUACAUAAUUUUAGGGUCUAAAUAGUAUUCAUUACUGAAACUAAUAGUUCAAUUUUAACAACUACAGAACACAUCCUUAUGACUUUUCAAAAGAAUUAAACCAUUGUAGUUUAAACAAAACCAUAUUGUAGAGGUUUGUAUUUAGCGCUUAUUUUUGCAUGUUGAUGUUGAUUAGCUAAUAAAAGAUUGUAAAUGUAAAACAUGUUAA